AUUUGCAAUGCGUGUCGAGCUGACAUCAGAAAACACAAAGUGCCAAACAAUGCCCUUGUUCGAGGUACGUGGGUAGGCGAAGUUCCCAAAGAACUGAGCGACCUUCGGUUUAUGGAGUGCAUGCUUGUUGCACGAGUGCAGCACACUUGUACGUUCGUACACAUUUCAAACGGUAUGAGAAAAAUGAAGGCUAAUGUAAUCGCAUUUGAAAACCCUACACCACUUAUAUACAAACACUUACCACCGCCGAGG